AUUCUUGGCGAUCCUCCUCCUCCUCACCUUCUCGAUCGCAUCCGAAUUCAUUUUCGAUUUUCACCCACUCUACCUGUGCAGUAAUAAUAAGAGAGAGUGAGGGAGAGGGGGGAUCCAUCGCUCGGAGGCUCGGAGGAGCGGAGCAGCGAUCCAGGACAGCGCAAGAAGCUCCGCGGAGGCAUGGAUUGAGAUUGUUUUCAUCUGCUUGGUCGAGUGUCGAUCUCCGCGAGAAUUGUUGUGGGCAUUCUUCCUUUGCCUCCAAUGGACCAUAGCUCUUCAGAAGAAUCUGAUGUUAGUGAUUCAGAUAUUGGUGUGCACGAGGAAAAGACUUAUAAUCAACUGAGAGCCGAAAAAGUGAAAGUGAAGCAUGGCAACAACACAUUUCGUUGCCCAUUCUGCCCAGGGAAGAAGAAGCAGGAUUACAGCUCCAAGGAUCUUCUGCAGCAUGCCUCAGGAGUAGGGGCUGCUUCGAAGCGCAAGGCGAAGGUUAAGGCGACACACCUAGCACUUGCUCGCUAUCUGAAGGUUGAUCUAGCUGGCUCACUGGAAUCAUCACCACAACUUGCUACCGUUGAGCAUCAACCUCCUGGGAGUGAAGAGAAGUAUGUAUGGCCAUGGAUGGGUAUACUGGUUAAUCUGCCAACUGAGUUGAAAGGGAAAGGAUUUGUUGGGGAAAGCGAGGAGAGGCUAAGAGCACAAUUCUCACGAUUCAAACCACUCCAAGUAACUAUCCUUUGGAAUUCAACAGACAAUGCAGAUUAUGCUAUCGUGAAGUUUGCUGAAAACUGGAAUGGAAUGAAGGAUGCAUUGGCUUUUGAAAAGCAUUUCAAUGUGGAGAGGUAUGGUAAAACUGAUUGGAACAAAAUAAACUGUAGAAGAGAUGAUCUUUUUGGGUGGGUUGCAAGAAGUGAUGACUAUAACUCUCUUGAGCCAACGGGAAAGUACUUGAGGAAAAAUGGAGAGCUUAAAGGUGUAUGUGAUCUGGAACAUGAAGGCCAGCGAAAAAUGGGCAGGCAUGUGGGUCAUUAUGCUUGCCAAAUCGAAGAGAAGAACAAAUACUUAGAAGAGUUGAAGCUUAUGAACAACCAAAAUGGCCUAAAACUUGAAAGGAUGAUGGAAGAGAAAGAUCAAUUGUUUGAAGAACAUAAUAGAAAUAUAAUAGAACUGCAGCAGCAUGCUUGCAAAGAUUCAAAGAGAAUAAUUGAUGAAAACCUAAAUCUGUAUGAAGAACUGCAGGCUAAGAAACAUGAAAUUGACCGGAGAUGUAAGGAACUUAAUUAUUUGGCUACAAAUACUAAUAUUGACAGAGGAAAACUCGUAGCAGAGAAAGAAAAGAAUGCAAAGGAGAAUGAGCUUCUUAAUUUAGCAAAUCUAAAGCAGAAGGAGGCAGAUGAAGAGCUUUUGCGGCUUGUUGAGAAACACAAGGGAUUAGAAAAAAUGGCAGGAGUUCGAUCCAUUAUAGGUGUGAAGAGAAUGGGUGAGCUUGAUCAGAAGGCCUUUUAUAAUGCAUGCAAAAAUAAAAUGCCAAAUAAUAAGAUGAAAUUGGCACUUGUUUGUUCAAAAUGGGAAGAUGAGAUAACAAAACCAGAAUGGCAUCCUUUCAAAGUUAUCGAGACUGCUGGACAGACAAAGGAAAUAAUCAAGGAAGAUGAUGGGAAGCUGCAGGCUUUGAGGGCGCAAUAUGGGGAUGAGGCUUGCAACGUUGUCGUUAAGGCCCUUGUUGAAAUGAAUGAAUACAAUCCCAGUGGCAUGUAUCCUGUCCCUGAGCUGUGGAACUUCAAGCAGAACCGGAGUGCCCCUAUGCCAGAGGCAGCAAGUUACUUGCUGAAGCAGUGGAAGACGCACAAGAAGAGAAACACCUGAGUGAGAUCUGGACCCUGCUCGUGGUAUCGUUAUCUGUAGAAUUCGUCCCCUGACAUGUAGUUGGAUGAGGCUGCCUAUUAGUGAAGCAAGUAUUCAUAUCUCCCAGACAUUGUCUGUCUCUACUGGCGACAUUGUAGUGCACAUUUGAGAGUUGAGGCUAUAUGAAUAUUCGCAAAAUACAGUAAUGUUAAUGAUUUAGAUGCUACUCUGUGAUGUUAUGAAAGUUCAUUUCUUUUUUU